UCCCCCGUUUCAACACUCCCCAUUCGACUCUGCCCUCGCAAACGCUCCCAAGGCACUCGCGAGCACAUCGAUCUCUCUCUGUCUCUCUGCUUCCCUUUAGUUUAGCAUAGCCUGCGAUCUUGUGAGGCGAGAGCUUGUGUUUGUGGAAGAUUUGUGCUGUUCAUUGUUGUUUGAUUAGCGUCCGAGGGCGGUGUGGUUGUAGUGCUGGUGGCUGUUAGCGAUGGCCGGCGGCGUGGUGGUGAGCACGGGAGGGGGCAAGGACUACCCCGGCAAGCUCACCAUGUUCGUGCUCCUGGCCUGCAUCGUCGCCGCCACCGGCGGCCUCAUCUUCGGAUAUGACAUCGGCAUCUCCGGUGGCGUGACGUCGAUGAACCCGUUCCUGAUGAAGUUCUUCCCGUCGGUGUACCGCAAGGAGCAGGAGGCGGAGCGGAACCAGAGCAACCAGUACUGCAAGUUCGACAGCCAGCUGCUCACCAUGUUCACCUCCUCGCUCUACCUCGCCGCGCUCGUCGCCUCCUUCUUCGCCGCCACCGUGACGCGCGUGGCCGGGCGCAAGUGGUCAAUGUUCAGUGGCGGCGUCACCUUCCUCAUCGGCGCUGCCCUCACCGGCGCCGCCAAGAAUGUUCUCAUGCUCAUCUUCGGCCGCGUCCUCCUCGGCAUCGGCGUCGGCUUCGCCAACCAGUCGGUUCCGCUUUACCUGUCAGAGAUGGCGCCGGCGCGUCUGCGCGGGAUGCUCAAUAUCGGGUUCCAGCUGAUGAUCACGAUCGGCAUUCUGUGCGCGAACCUGAUCAACUACGGCACGGCCAAGAUCAAGGGCGGGUGGGGGUGGCGCGUGAGCCUCGCGCUGGCGGCGGUGCCGGCGGCCAUCAUCGCCGUGGGCGCGCUCUUCCUGCCGGACACCCCCAACUCGCUCAUCGACCGCGGCCACACCGACUCCGCCAAGCGCAUGCUGAAGCGCGUGCGCGGCACGGACGACGUGGAGGAAGAGUACAACGACCUGGUGGCCGCUAGCGAGGAGUCCAAGCUCGUGGCCCACCCCUGGAGUAACAUCCUGCAGCCGCGGUACCGCCCGCAGCUCACCAUGGCCAUCGUCAUCCCGAUGUUCCAGCAGCUCACCGGCAUCAACGUCAUCAUGUUCUACGCGCCGGUGCUGUUCAAGACGCUCGGUUUUGCGGACGACGCGUCCCUCAUGUCCGCCGUGAUCACGGGCCUCGUCAACGUCUUCGCCACCUUCGUGUCCAUCGUGACCGUGGACCGCCUCGGCCGCCGCAAGCUGUUCCUGCAGGGCGGCGCCCAGAUGCUUGCCUGCCAAAUCGUGGUCGGCAGCCUUAUCGGCGCCAAGUUCGGGUUCUCCGGCGUGGCGGAGAUUCCCAAGGCGUACGCGGCGAUCGUGGUGUUCUUCAUCUGCGCGUACGUGGCCGGGUUCGCCUGGUCGUGGGGGCCGCUCGGGUGGCUGGUGCCCAGCGAGAUCUUCCCGCUGGAGAUCAGGUCGGCGGGGCAGAGCAUCAACGUGUCCGUGAACAUGCUCUGCACCUUCAUCAUCGCGCAGGCGUUCCUCCCCAUGCUCUGCCGCUUCAAGUUCAUCCUCUUCUUCUUCUUCGGCGCCUGGGUCGUCGUCAUGACCAUCUUCGUCGCGCUGUUCCUCCCCGAGACCAAGAACGUGCCCAUCGAGGAGAUGGUGCUCGUCUGGAAGUCGCACUGGUACUGGGGCAGGUUCGUCCGCGACGAGGACGUGCACGUCGGCGCCGACGUCGAGAUGCCCGCCGCCAACGGUAACGGCAAGAUCGGGGCCGGCAAGCUCGCCAUUUAGCCGUGACGUCUGGACGUCGCUGCUGACGCUGUUCGCCAAUAAUAUACUCAUUAUUGUUCCGAAUUUAGCGGGAAAUUAAAAGGUUUAAGAAUCCUCUGUAUUAUAAGUGUCUCAGUAGUUAGGAUAACUGGAUGAUGACGAACAACAGUCAACCAGUCUUUCACCUGUCUUCUUUUCCAAAUUCUCUUUGUGCCGGAUACUCAAUGUGGGGCAUGGUUUGGAUGAUACAUGAAUAUGAAAGCAAGUUGCAAAA